AAGUGGCGCAGCGGCAGGGAGGGACUCUUCACCGGGUCCGGCAGCUGAAGCUCGGCGCUCGGGUUACCCCUGCAGCGACGCCCCCUGGUCCCACCGGUACCACUGCUGCUCCCGCCCCUUCGCUCCUCGGCCGCGCCAUGGGCACCCGCGACGACGAGUACGACUACCUCUUCAAAGUUGUCCUUAUUGGUGAUUCUGGUGUUGGAAAGAGUAAUCUCCUAUCUCGAUUUACUCGAAAUGAGUUUAAUCUGGAAAGCAAAAGCACUAUUGGAGUAGAGUUUGCAACAAGAAGCAUCCAGGUUGAUGGAAAAACAAUAAAGGCACAGAUUUGGGACACAGCAGGGCAAGAGCGAUACCGAGCUAUAACAUCAGCGUACUAUCGUGGAGCUGUAGGUGCCUUAUUAGUUUAUGACAUUGCUAAACAUCUCACAUAUGAAAAUGUAGAGCGAUGGCUGAAAGAACUGAGAGAUCAUGCUGACAGUAACAUUGUUAUCAUGCUUGUGGGCAAUAAGAGUGAUUUACGUCAUCUCAGGGCAGUUCCUACAGAUGAAGCAAGAGCUUUUGCAGAAAAGAAUGGUUUGUCAUUCAUCGAGACAUCUGCUUUAGACUCCACAAAUGUAGAAGCUGCUUUUCAGACAAUUCUAACAGAGAUAUACCGUAUUGUUUCUCAGAAGCAAAUGUCAGACAGACGUGAAAAUGACAUGUCUCCAAGCAACAAUGUGGUUCCUAUUCAUGUUCCACCAACCACUGAAAACAAGCCAAAGGUGCAGUGCUGUCAGAACAUCUAAGGCGUUUUUCUUCUCCCCUAGAAGGCUGUGUAUAGUCCAUUUCCCAGGUCUGAGAUUUAAAUAUAUUUGUAAAUCUUGUGGUCACUUCUGUGUUUCAUUACUUCCUCAUACUUAUGAAUUUUUCCAUGUCCUAAAUCUUUUGAUUUUAGCUUUAUAAAAUCAUCCACUUUGCCCCGAAUGACUGCAGCUUUUUUUUUUUUCCAUGCUAUGGCUUCACUAGCCUUAGUUUAAUAAACUGAAUGUUUGAAUUCCUCAAUUAUUGUUUACUUUUCAUCAUGGAAGCCUGUCACUGUAGGACACAGUAGAACCUGAUCACUUGAUGCUUGGACCUAUUGGUCUUGAUCAAAUCAAACUAAGAAGACCCUAGAAAUAAGCUAUUAUGCCACAGAGCAGGUUUUAAGUAAUACACUCUUCUCUCAAUGCAGUGUGUAUUUUGACAAAUCUAAGAAUUGCCCUGUAAACAUAGCAAGAUUUUGAGAGUUUGAAAGUUUUCCAUUAUUCUGUAUGUCAAUUCUAAAAUGCCUUAAUAGGUUUAUGUAGUUUAGUAAACUUUAUUUUAAAAUUUUUUGUAAGCAUCAAAAUUGAUAGGAGUGGGGGGCACUUUUUUCUGGACCAGAAUUAUCUUAAUAAAUACAAAAGACUGUUAUGGUUUGGGUAGGGGUACAGUUAUGUAGCUAUAAGUUAAAUAGUGCUGCCUGGCAGGCUGGAAACUAGAAAGACUGAGGUGCCUCUGUUUCAGUGACCAGCCCAAACCAUUUAACUGAUCUCAUUUCCCAGCAGUAGAUUAUGUGGCAUUUUAUUGCUUAGGCAAUAACAGGUUUAAUGCUGGACGUGUCAAAUUUUGAAGUGUUAAUUUUGUUUUAAAACCUUCCAGUGAGCGAAAUGCAACCUAGUUUUAUCACCAUAUCCACCAACAGGCAUGGGUAAUUGUUUUAACAAUGCUUAUCUUUGAAUUUUACAGUGUAUAAUGGAAUACAGUCCAGUUAAAUCUUUGGUUUUAGUGUCUAAAGAAUACAGAGGGAGGUAAUUUAUGCUCAAGUGGUAUCAUUUAAAGGCAUGUAUUCUUUUAGUACGUAAAAUGAAAUAGUACCUUGAGUUCAAAUAGAAUGCAUUUAGGCAUUGUAGAGACCUAAAAUAAUUUUUUUCCACUACAUUAUUGAAAUCAAUGGAGCAACUAAAUAGUUUCUCAUUCAGAAAUGUGCACACUAAUAUUUAGUUUUACUUCCUUGUGGAUAAUAUUAAGCACUUACUCUGCAGUUUUCUGAAACUUGUCAACUGCAGUGAUACUAUUCAGGAUGAUGGGAUAUCUGAAAAAAUAUAUAUGUGGGGGCUUGCAUAGAUUGCUAUGUUUCAUAGUUAAUUUUCUGUCUUUUGCGGUGCUCAUGAUGUGUGGAGCACACGGAAGGCAUUGCUGUAGUCAGUCAUUUUUGGUUCUCUUCUGUAGCCAUUUUAUUAUUUUAGUGUAUUGGUUAUAAAGAUACUACUGUCUGUCUGUAAAUUGCUACUUUGUAUUUUAUGCAUGCUCUGUAACUUGAUUUUUUUUUUUUUUUAGUUAUUGAUUUGGAAUAUAUUCUCAUUCUAAUAAACAGUUAUAGGGGGACUGUUCCUUAUGUUGUCAGAUUACAUUUUUCAUUUGAGUGCUUUGGAUUCAGCAUGGAAUACUUGAUUUUCAAUAAGUAAGAACAUAGGUCCUUGGAUUACCGAGUAAACAUUGAAUUGGGGGUAUCAGUUGGUGAGCUGAGGUUUGAUUUUAGUCCUGUAGAUCAAUAUGCCUGUCUUGGCAAAAGUAUUCCCAGAAACAUUACGGAAUAGUCUCUGUGCUUCAUAUGUAACAGUGUCACCAAGUACAGGAUAAAGGUUCCAUCUUUGUUUUCUUCAGAAGUGAUGGUAAAUUUUUACUUUUUUUUUUUAAAGGAAAAAUGUGAGGAACUAGAUAGUGAAUUGAAAAUGAAUAAAGUAACUUUGAAUUUUAACCGAGUGUAGACUUAUAUGUUGCUUAGACAUGGUUGAAUCUUGAAGAUCCAAGAAACAUUAGAUAUAUUAGAACAUGACUUUGAUUGCAUUUCGACAAGUAUCUUCAUUGUGUAAUCUGAUUAUUAAUAGUCUAAGCAUUAUUUAUGGACGAAUUGUGUCAGGUAAGAAAUAUAACAUUUUAAAAUAUUAUGACAAGGCAGUUUAGAAAUAUGUUGCUGUUUGACCUUGCUUUUCUAUUAUUUUAACUUUUAAUAUUUUUAAACUGUUAUAGUCUCCUGAAGUCAGUUAGAUAUUAUACCUUGAUUUAAAUUUGUAUGUCAUUGUUCUCAAGUGCCAUCUGUGAUUUCUAAUAGUAGUUGUCUCUAUGCAAGGGGAGGUUAUCAUUUUGUUGAAAAUGCUAAAUUGUAAUUCUAAGAAGAGGUGCUACCUAGUGACUUUUGCCAUAAACUAAAGUGAAGAGUUCUGCAGAAAAGUUAGACUUUGUAAAAGUUUGGAUUGUGCAUUUCUUUGAUUUUUUGGAAAAUGAACAUCUUAAUUUUUGUCUUUGCUGACUUGUAUUUACAAAAUACAAACACUUUCUUUGGUUUGA